CCUAUCUCUCUCUCCUUACUACAUUUCUGCGCUCCCCCUCGCAUUCUCCGCACUGUCCAACAAUGGUGAGAGGCUCAUCUCAGUCCCAAGCAUCCUCCUCCUCCACAUCCAGGCCCGGCCCCGUCGGGAUUGCCCCUCGCGGCACCGCCGCCGCCACUGCCGGCAUGCGACGCCGCCGCCUCGGCAGCUCCUCCGCCGGCAGUGGCGGAUUCAGCAGCGGAGGCGGAGGCGGAGGUGGCGGAAGCAACGUUCUCAGGUUCUACACAGACGACGCCCCCGGGCUCAAGAUCAGUCCCACCGUCGUCCUCGUCAUGAGCCUCUGCUUCAUCGGCUUCGUCACCGCCCUCCACGUCUUCGGCAAGCUCUACCGCUACCGAUCUGCCCCCGAAGCUUGAUUGAACGAUAAACGCCACGAGUAAUUUGCUUUGUAAAUUUCUUUAGCGUUCAUGUGUUGAAUUUUGGAUUUCGUUUAGUUCUGUUUUGAAUGAGAGAUAAUGAAGAUCUUACUACGAAUGAACUUGUUGUUUUGAUUGUUGGAGGUUGAAUUGAAUAUCGAAUGGCCUCGUAAUGAUGCUUUGUUCAUCAUAGAUUCAUAUCUCUGUUUGAU